GUAACGUUUCCAAUUAAACACUUUGUUUUGCGAAAUGAAUACACCCCUACCGUUUGGAGUUCCUGCUUCUUUCUCAAACUGUUAACGGCACAAUGUUACUGUUAGAGAAUUUGUUUUGAAUAGGAUCAAAGAAAGUAAAUGUUUUCUUCUGGAAAGUGCUGGCGAUUGGUGUUUCAGGUGUGUCAUCACUGAGAUAUGUAAUGUUACAACUACAACCAAUCUGCAAAACAUAUAUUCAACAACAUAGUGAAAAGCAGCCUGAGCUCAGGGCCGGUAUAAUUUAUAGUUUUAACGGUUCCUGACCAGGCAACACUUGCGGUUAACGAUGUCAGGUGGCGCCAGCUUCUUGAGCAAGGUGCGGUCCGCCUUUAGGAAGGAGCGCGAGGACUGGGACCUGAGUGACACGGCGCCCUUUGACCUCUCCGGUGAUGAGCUAGCUGAGGAUGAUGCGCCCAAGUUCAACAAACUCAAAGUGGUAGUUUCCGGUGAAAUGGAGGACUACACGGUCGGGGCACCGUCGAACGGCGUUAUGGUGAACACAUUGGUGGUGGACGAUGACGACUCGCUGCUCGACUCGUCCUCUGGGAGCCUGGGGAGCCCGGGUAUCAACAUGGACCCGCCGCCGUGCGAAAGCUGCACAAAGAAGAGAGAGGGGAUGAAACGGAGAAGAGUGAUGAAGAAGUUAGCGUGCGCAGCAGUAUUAUAUUUCCUUUUCAUGGUUGGAGAAUUGAUAGGUGGUUAUGUAGCUAACAGUUUGGCCAUAAUGACUGAUGCUCUCCACAUGUUAACUGACCUGAUUGGGAUAGUGGUGUCUCUAUUGGCCCUGUGGCUCUCUGCUAAACCUCCCACUAACAGAUUCACCUUUGGACUUCACCGCCUGGAGGUGGUCUCAGCCGGGGUCAGUGUGUUGCUGAUCUACAUCCUAACUGGGGUGUUGAUAAACGAGGCGGUACAGAGGACACUCCACCAGGACUUUGAAAUAAAUGGAGAUGUCAUGCUCAUCACUGCAGCUGUGGGUGUCGCUGUCAACCUGGUCAUGGGUUUUCUAUUGAACCAGACCGGUAAUGGUCACCUUCACUCCCAUGGGGGUCAUGGUCACUCCCACGGCCCUCCUCCACCCCAGCCUUCCCCAGGCCAUGGUCACAGCCACGGUGGCGCCUUAGUCCAAGGGCCGCAGGGCAGCCUGGCUGUCAGAGCAGCCUUCAUCCAUGCUCUGGGAGAUCUGGUCCAGAGCAUAGGUGUCCUCAUUGCUGCUUACAUCGUACGGUUCAAGGCGGAAUACAAGCUGGCAGACCCCAUCUGUACCUACAUCUUCUCGGUCCUGGUAUUGUUCACCACGCUACGAAUCAUACGGGACACUGGGGUCAUUGUUCUUGAGGGGGCACCUAGACAAGUGAAUGUUCAGCGAAUCAGAGAAGACCUUCUGAAGUUGGAAGAUGUUCAGUCAGUGGAUGAACUCAACAUAUGGGCAUUAACUGGAGACAAGACUGCUGCCCUCGCACACCUUCAGCUUUUGCCAUCUAGUGCCAGUGCUUGGGAGGACGUGCAGGCCAAGGCCAGACACCUGUUGACCCACACCUAUGGCCUGACCAGGUGCACCGUGCAGGUCCAGACAUACAGGAACAAGGCGUUACACACCUGCACACACUGCCGGGAGUCCACUGCCUAGCUGGAAACCGGUGUCACCGGGACAUUGAACCGGACUUCUGCCAAAGUGGAGUGAGCGGAACUGAUUUAUGCCAUCGGCAGGAAAGGCGAACAGGCCGACGCACGAUUCUUUUUAAAGGACAGCCGAUUCCUCCCUGGCUGUAAAUCUGCCUGUAAAGAUUUCUGAAUAGGAGGGGUUCAACAAAUCUGAACUUUUCAGCAACAAAAAAAUUAUAAUUCUUCAAUAAUCACCAUUGCCUGUAAAUGUUAAUUGUUUACCAUUCUUUUCUUUUACAUUAGUUUACAAUGAAUGCUGUCUUCAGAUUUUAUUUGACUGUCUUUGUUUUUGACUGUAGGUGAGGUUUUCUAGUUUCCACUGGGGCGACAGUAAGGUGUGAGCACUUGUCACUGCGUUCAUCUCAAUUACAUUGUCAUGAUUCCUUGCCUCCUCAAAGUGCAUCAGAGGAGGUCCUAGAAGAGGAAUCGUCCAUUCAGUACAAUUGAGAGCCAUCCUGUCUUUCAUCCUUCUCUCAAGGCAGAACCACUCUGUUCUACUGUGACCUGUUAGGGACCAAUCCUAACAUGAGAUAUACACCUAUAUGUUAAUGCAAGUUCUUUGCACAAGCUUGGCACUGACACCAAUGUGACCGGUUACACAGAAAUGCACGUUAACUGUGUGAUUGUUUGAAAAUGGCAUUGGUGUUCUAGAAGAUGUAGGCAUGUAUCAGUAUUUGAUCAAGUCGAUGUGAGGCUGUCUGAAAGUCAUACUUGCUUAGAAAUCCUUGCUUCCUCAGUCCUUUUGUCGAAGCCUCUCAGAGCUCAUCGGAAGAGGAGAAACAGUGACCUACACACGGACCUCCUCUAAUAAGCUUGGAGAGGAGUUGAGAAAAUAAGGAAUGAGCAUGGUAACGUUUUCAGGCAAAGUGGGAUGGGGCGAAGGAAAGACAAACAUCCUUUAAUAUUAUAGAUCAUCUCCAUAUUGCCUUUACUAAUGUGUCUGUAAAUGGCCAACCAUCAUCUUAUGCUUUACUGACCGUGUUGUAUGCCAUAUCUGUAUUAAAUAUAAAUGUGUGUGUGUCUGGCGUCAGGAUUGUUUCAGGACUUGGUUGGUUCCUUAAUCACCAAUUCCUCCAUUUCUCCUGUCUCAGCAUAUCAACAUGAGGUUUUGUUGGAAGUUGGAACUGACUAGAAAAGCAUUUUUCUUCCUCUGACAUGCCAGUCUUACAGACCAGUAUAUGCGUUACUUGCCUUCACCUUGUGUUGUUCUUGUUCUUUUAUUUUAUAUCAAUUGUAAAUUAAAAAAAUAAUUAACAA